GUGGGAGACUGCCGCUGGCCGAUCGCACGCCGCGACAUUUGGCGACGUUUAAAAUAACAUGUGACAGGCGAGUGACGUCCGCCCGCAACGCUCCGCACUGCCGCAAAUAACAAGACUUUACAACUCACGAUGGACCUCAGCGAGGACACCAUCAAGGCGGAGGUCAGCAACUUCGUUUCCAGUCUGCAGCGGCUGCUGCCCAAAAAGAAAGACAUUAUCAUACUCGAGCCCGCAAAGCCGAACCAGACGCGGCUGAGCGAGGUGCACGCGGAGACUAAGAACGUGUUCCCCAAGUGUUUCGUCGGCGCCCGACUGGUCGUGCUGCGACAGGUGCUCGACAAAGUGAAGCUCUUGCAGGAGUACAACUACGGGAAGACGAGGGAGACGUACCAGAUCUACAAGCGAUAUCUCAACAAGGAAGUGGAGUCUAAGUUCAUCGGUGACGGGCUCGUGGUGGACGCCAGUGGGUCGGCCACGGCCACAUACACGGAGCGCAUGGACGGCGCCUGCACGCUACGCCUAACCUCCAGGAUUCGCGACCUGGUGGCCUCCGAGACCGAGGUGGAGCUGGAGCGCGAAGGAGAGCGCUCGGUCGCAUCUUUCACAUUCAAGAUGAAUGACAUGGAGCCAAACACUCUGCGCACCGUGUCGCAAUGGAUGUACCAUCUUCGGCCCGAGCUCAGUGUGGGCAGCGAGCUUAGCUUCAAGCCGCUCGCGUGUCCCGCGCUGCCGGAGCUGUCGCUUAGUGCGCGUUACCGCGGUCCCUCCUACUGCGUGUCCUCGACGGUUACCAAGCAGGGCUUCCAGGUGUGCCUUUUCAAGAGGCUGGCGGAGGGCCUGCGUCUGGCGGGCGUUGUGACGGAGGGGCGCGCAGCGGCGCCGCUGACUGCCGCGGUAGCUCUGCACAAGUCGUAUGAGGGUUGUGAGCUGCGCGUGUUCGUGGACAGCCAGCGCUGUGGCGGGUUCACACUGCAGAAGGAGGUAUGCGUGCGCGACGCGCAAGAGGAGGAGCGCGUGUUGCGGCUGGUGGGCAGCGCGCUAAUCGACGGCCAGCGCCGGCUGCGGCUCGGCUUCGGAUUCAACUUAAAUUUUUAAAUUUUAAAUAGAAAUCCAAUUUGAAAUAGAAAUUUUAGUCAUCGGGUAUGGGAUGAGUAGAAUGUAAAGUUUUUGUAGCUUUAUUUUUUGUAAAUAAGUAUACAUAAUUUAGUUAUGGUUUUAUGGUAAACGUUUGACCUGUUUUAUAUGUUGAUUAAAUUUAGACUACUUGUCGCUUUUAAUUCUA